CUGACGACCUUCGGCCUUCGAUAGCGUUUGAGACAAUAUCCGAGAAAGAAAAUAUUAGCUCAUCUGGACGUGGCUUACGUGACCGGUGAAAUGUACCUAAGGGCGUGGAUACAACGUCUAUUGUAAACAAAAUGGAACCAGCCGCAGAAGUAUACUUUGACGAAAUGAUCCAGAAAAAUCUAAGUCCCGAACAGUUAAGACAAUUUAAUAAAAUACAUUACGGGCGUGAAGACCACAAUGAAGUAAAAUUAAAAGAAACUACAGCAGUGAGUGCAAGUGAGAAAAACAACUUUCAAGUACAGGCGUACGCUUUCGCCGCGGCUAAGGAAGAAACUAGGAAUCCAAGGAUUUUAAAGAUUGGGUUAGUACAACAUUCCAUUGUUUUACCCACGAAUAAACCAGCGAACGAGCAAAGAGAGGCAAUUUUCAAAAAGAUUGGAGAAUUAAUAGACAUUGCGGCCUCUGAAGGUGUACAAAUACUUUGCCUCCAAGAGGCGUGGUCCAGUCCAUUCUUCCUUUGCACUGGAGAAAAAAAACAAUGGGACGAAUUCAUCGAGUCUCCCACCAAUGGACCGAGCACAAAAUUCCUUGCACCUCUAGCGAAAAAAUAUGGAAUGGUAAUCAUAUCACCAAUAUUUGAACGUGAUGACAGUGGUGUGAUGUGGAAUACUGCUGUGGUUAUUGAUGACACAGGGACCUUUUUGGGAAAACAUCGUAAAAACCAUUUGCCCAGUAUUGGCAGCUUCAGUGAAGCAGGUUACUACGAACCUGGGAAUACUGGACAUGCGGUGUUUGAGACCAGGUACGCUAAAUUUGCUAUAAACAUUUGCUAUGGACGUCAUCAAGCGCUAAACUGGUUGAUGUUCGGUCUAAAUGGAGCCGAAGUUGUAUUUAACCCUGCUGCUACUAUAGCGGAAUUCGGAGAGUCCUUUUGGGGCAUUGAAGCUCGAAAUGCUGCUGUGGCUAAUAGUUACUUCACGGCUGGCGUGAACAGAGUUGGAUCUGAAAGUUUCACCGUUAUCAAAGAUGAUGAGGAAAAAAAGAUUUGUAGAACCUAUUAUGGAUCUAGCUACGUAACAGCUCCGAACGGAUGCAGAACUCCAAGCCUUUCAAGGGUUAAAGAUGGCCUACUUAUGGCAGAAUUAGAUUUAAACUUAUGCAGACAAGUUAAAGAUCACUGGGGUUUCGGAAUGACCGCUCGGCUUGAUAUGUAUGCUAAUGAAUUAAAAAAUAAAAUAGGAUAUACAUAGUUAAAUAGUUUUGUCUGUAUCAGUUAUCAAAUAAAUUAUAAUAUCAUUAUAAUUAAA